GCGCAGCAUCCUUCGCCCUACAAGAGGCGCGUCACCUUCGCUAAGACCCCACCAAGCAUAGCCUACAACACGACAACAAAACCGAAAACAAGUACGGUUUUUUACGGUUUAAUACGUAGGACAAACCUUUUACUAAAGGAUUGUCCGGGCAUAUUUAUCGACGCCAAGAUAUUGUACAACGUAAGAUUUCUCUUGCAGUUUUAUCGGAUAUUUGUAGGCUUCGUGUAUUUCCGAUAUUUGAGGGCCGGUCGCGUACGAGCAUAUUUCCUUUUUUGAUCGAGUAAUCUUUUUAAUUCUACGUGCUCAGUUUUCAUCAUGACCGAACCCGCCGCAGAAUGCAACAUCAAAGUGCUGUGUCGUUUUCGCCCUUUGAAUCAAUCUGAGAUUCUCCGGGGAGAUAAAUUUCUCCCUACAUUUCAAGGGGACGACACUGUUAUCAUCGGGGGGAAGUCUUACGCGUUUGAUCGAGUGUUUCCCAACAACACCACCCAGGAGCAAGUCUACAACACUUGUGCCAAGCAGAUCGUGAAAGAUGUGUUGGGUGGCUACAAUGGCACUAUCUUUGCUUACGGACAGACCUCUUCUGGAAAGACCCACACCAUGGAGGGCAGCCUACAUGACCCUCAGCAAAUGGGAAUCAUACCGCGGAUUGCUGAGGACAUAUUCAACCACAUCUUCUCCAUGGAUGAAAAUCUGGAGUUUCACAUCAAGGUGUCCUACUUUGAGAUCUACAUGGAGAAGAUCCGUGAUCUUCUGGAUGUCACCAAGACCAACCUGUCUGUCCACGAGGACAAGAACCGCGUUCCCUUCGUUAAGGGCUGCACUGAGCGUUUCGUCUCCAGCCCAGAGGAGGUUAUGGAUGUGAUUGAUGAAGGAAAGUCCAACCGCCAUGUUGCCGUCACCAACAUGAAUGAACAUAGCUCUCGGAGUCACAGCAUUUUCCUGAUUAACAUCAAGCAGGAGCAUGUGGAAACUGAACAGAAGCUCUGUGGGAAGCUCUAUCUGGUGGACCUGGCUGGCAGUGAGAAGGUGAGUAAGACUGGUGCAGCUGGGGCUGUCCUAGAUGAAGCUAAAAACAUCAACAAAUCCCUUUCUGCUCUGGGCAACGUCAUCUCCGCUCUCGCUGAGGGAACGAAGACCCAUGUGCCGUACCGUGACAGCAAGAUGACUCGGAUCCUGCAGGAUUCUCUUGGGGGAAACUGCAGGACAACCAUGUUCAUCUGCUGUUCUCCCUCAAGCUUUAAUGAAGCUGAGACUAAAUCUACUCUUAUGUUUGGACAACGAGCUAAGACUAUCAAGAACUCAGCUUCUAUAAAUCUGGAGCUGACAGCAGAGCAGUGGAAGAGGAAGUAUGAGAAGGAGAAGGAGAAGAACAAGGUGUUACGAGAAACUAUACAAAGGCUGGAAGCUGAGCUGAAACGUUGGCGUAAUGGCGAGGAUGUGCCAGAGAUGGAGCAGACUUCUGCUGACAUGGUGAAGGUGGAGACCAAUGAGGAGCCGACCCUGGAUAAUGAGAGAGAGAUGGAGCGGCAGCGGGAGGUGGAGAGACUGCGAGAGCGGGAGUCAGACACCUCCUCUAUUGUGGUGCGCAUCUCCGAGGAGGAGCGGCAGAAGUAUGAGGAGGAAAUCCGCAAGCUUUACCGGCAGCUGGAUGACAAGGAUGAUGAGAUCAAUCUGCAGUGCCAAUUGGUUGAGAAGCUCAAGCAGCAAAUGUUGGAUCAAGAUGAGCUUCUGGCCUCCACACGUGGGGACAGUGAUAAGGUGCAGGUUGAGCUGGGUCGUCUACAGUCAGAGAGCGAGAGUGCCAAGGCAGAGGUGCGGGAGGUGCUGCAGGCCCUUGAGGAGCUUGCCGUCAACUAUGACCAGAAGAGCCAGGAGGUGGAGGAGAAGAGCCUGCACAACAAGCAGCUUGCAGAGCAGCUCAGCCACAAAAUGGCCAGUCUCAUGGAGCUGGAGGCUGAGCUAGCUCAGAUGCAAGAAGUGAGCUCGCAGCAAAGGAAGCGCAUUGCUGAUGUGCUGAACGGUUUGAUGCGAGACCUAAGUGAGUUCAGCACCAUUGUGGGCAAUGGAGAAAUCAAACUGCCAGUGGAGAUCAGCGGUGCCAUAGAGGAAGAGUUCACCGUAGCCAGGCUCUAUAUUAGCAAGAUCAAGUCAGAGGUGAAGUCAAUGGUAAAGCGAUGCAGGCAGCUGGAGAGCAUGCAACUAGAGUGCCACCGCAAGAUGGAGGAGACUGGCCGAGAGCUCUCCUCCUGCCAUCUGCUCAUCUCCCAGCAUGAGGCAAAGAUCCGCUCUCUUACUGAGUACAUGCAGAAUGUGGAGCAGAAGAAGAGACAGCUGGAGGACAGCUAUGAUGCACUGAGUGAAGAGCUCUCCCUGUUACAGAACCCAGACAGCAUCACAGAGCAGCAGGAAGGAGGAGAAAAAUCAGAGGCUGAGGAGCUGGAUGGAAAGAAGGCUAUACGUCAUCCUGCAGCUUACUGCGAGCCUCGCCAGACUCAGCUCAGCCGCUUGAGGGAUGAGAUCAAUGAGAAACAACGCCUUAUCGAUGAGCUCACUGAUAAGAACCAGGCUCUGGAGUUAGAGCUGGCCCACGUGAGAUCUGAUUUCAGCAACCUGAAGAUGCAGGAGGACACCAAGAGUGCUCGCUUGGAGCAACUAUCAUUCCAGCAAGAGAAGCAUGAGCAGUCCAAGCAGGACCUCAAGGGCCUGGAAGAGACUGUCGCCCGUGAACUCCAGACCCUCCACAACUUGCGCAAACUGUUCGUUCAAGACCUCACGACUCGAGUUAAAAAAAGUUCAGAAAAUGGACCUGAUGAUAGCGGGGGGUCUAACACCCAGAAGCAGAAGAUUUCCUUUCUUGAAAACAACCUGGACCAACUUACAAAGGUUCACAAACAGCUGGUACGUGAUAAUGCAGAUUUGCGCUGUGAGCUUCCGAAGCUGGAGAAACGUCUUCGCUCUACGGCUGAGCGGGUUCGGGCACUGGAGGCGGCACUGAAGGACGCCAAACAGGGUGCCAUGAAUGACCGGCGCCGCUACCAGCAGGAGGUGGAGCGCAUUCGAGAUGCAAUGCGCCUGCGCAACCCACUCCGGCGCCCCCAUGCAGCUCAGAUUGCUAAGCCUGUGAGACCUGGCCACUACACGGCAGUUACGUCUCCCACCACCUCUCUCUCCAUGCGGCCCAGUGAGUCUGCGACAUCCUACAGUAAUAUUCUCUUCCAGCGAGAGGAUAAGCCUAUUCCCCAGAAAACCAGCACAGUUGGCUACAGCACUGUGAGAUCCAUAGACAUACUGAGCUCCUACCCACUUGAUGUGGAAAACGGAAACAGCACAGACAUCAAUGACAACAGGAGCGAUGUACACUGUGGCAGUAUGGUGGAGGAUCCGACCAGACACUACAUCAUGCAGCCAGAGACUGCAGCCAGCUAAUCACCUUAUACAGAUACUGAUUUUCUGCAUGUCGUCAGCUUCCUUCGCCUACUCAAAACUCGCUGAACUCCAGUUCCCAGACUUCCUUGCUCCAUCCUGUCUUACACUAUAUUACUCAGUGGUUUCUCAUCUGUCACAACCUACUGUUUCCAGAGUUCUCUCUUGUAGUCCUGUCAUGUAUAUUUCACAGCACUGCUGCAUGUUUGUCCUGUAUAGUUUAAAAACAUAAUUUAUAUAUUUAGACAACACUUAUACAUGCAAACUACUUGUGGCCUGAUUUGCUGAAGCAUUGGUACAUGCAAAAGAGAAAAUAUAAUUGUUGUAAAUUUUCAUGUGCAAAAACUUUUACGUGUACUAAAGCCUUGGAUAAAUCUGGACCAUAAACACAAACAUGCACUGUGGCUGCUGGAGAAUCUUCUAGAAUCUUUCUCUGUAAGUCUUUUGCUGAGCCUUAAGAAAACAGCUGCCCACACCUACUACUAUCAUGCAAGCCCGUAUGUGUGCUCAACUGCACACCUCUAUAUUAUCCAUAUAAAGCUGCAGGUGUGAAUGUGUCGGUGUGUACAUUUUGAUACACAUGUUGUAUCCAUGUACUGACUACCUCCAGAUAUUCUAACAUCAUUGUAAAUGCUAUGUAAAAACACCAUCUAGUUAAAUCACAUCAGGAUCAAGAGGGUUACAGAAAAAUCUUUACAUGGUUAUAUCCAAAAUGGCAUCAGCAGCAAGAUUUUUCAGCUUAUGUAAAUGGACUGAAGUUAGGCUUCAACAUAGAACAUAGAUAAUGUUGUGGGAUGUUACUCGUUUUAGUUGUGCCAGUCAUUCUAUGGCCAGUCACUAGUGAGGUGUUCACUUUCUCUGCCAACAUCCUGAUCAGCCAGUCAGGAUAGGAGAAAGAUACAAUGUGUGUCUAGGUAGUUUUAGGCCACCACAUAUAAUGUAAGUCUGGCACGGGGUCUGCUAACCCCAUGUAUGUAAGUAUGUGCAGGUAUGUGGCAUGGGGGUGAGAUGUAUGCUAGCUACAAACUCCAUUGAUGGUUGAUUUUGCCUCAAGGAUUCUUGGAGAUUCUCAAGAUUCUUGUCAUGUGUCUGUUAUGCCUGUUGUCUUCCAGCCCAUGACUUCUCCUUGCCUCUCCCUCUUUUCUGUCUCCUGUACACCCGCCCUCCCUUUUCUUGAAUAUCAGUUUGUUCUUUGUCUAAAACAGAACUGGCCCCCUUGUAUCCACAUUUUAGCAGAAAAAUCUGCUAAAGAAAGUUGUUUGAAUGCGAGGUGUUCAUCUUCCUGGUCUUAAAAGAUAAUAUAUAAGUAAUGCCAUGUUUCAGUAUGAGUAUGUUAUGAUUAGCAACUAGUAAUCUGAGUAGAAGCUCCUACCAAGUGGUGAUCGAGGAACACUUCUUCAUACUUCAACUCCUACUAUAACCAUCCACUUUUAUGGCACUGCUCUUUAAGACUUAUUGAGUGACACGGGGUUUUGAGAGUGUCUACACAACUGUUACAAUACAUUACCCAGAUUUAAUUUUCUGCUCCAAGUGUGUACAUUGAUGUAGUUUAUGUAGUUUGUCAGUUACCAGCUGCAAGAGAUAAAUGUUCAUUAAAGGAUAUUACCAGUA